GUAGAGACUACUACCGCUUCGAAGACGCCAGUCGCUGGCUCGUGCUGCUCUGCAUAUACUCGUGUUGUGCCUAUCGCGCAUCCAUCCAUCCAACACUCUGCGGCUGCACCUAAUAUACGGCCGAACGCAAUAUCCGUGUUCGUGGCGCGGCACAGAAAAGCGCUGUCUCUCGGUGCAGGCGUACCUAGCCCUUACUUAUUAUACGUAUUCUACGAGGCGGCCGGUGCAAGCGAGCGUCGAUUUAAAUUCCGCGAACCCGAGGAAGCACGAAGGCGCAAGAGGUUCGCUCGCAGGCUCGCGCAGCUCUGAGGCAGUGCAGGAGGAACGAAGAGCGAGCGCGGAAGUCUCGCAAGUCCUGUACGUGAGUGUGAGUGCGCGCGCUUGCGAAAAAUCGAUUCGUCCUUCGCGAGUUGGCCACGGGCACACUGCACUCGCGGCUAUUAGUUGCCUAUACUGCAGACAACGACAGCAUAUCGUCAGGAGCGCGUGCGUUGGGCUCGAUCGAAGUUUAUGAUCGCCGGCGCGCGACAUUGUAUAACCCUCUGUUGUCUGUGUCUUGUCGGCUGCAACUCUCUUUCUCGUAUCGCACUGCGUGAAUAGCUGAGAUCAGCUGGAAUCUCCGCCAACUGGAGCCCGUCGUACUCCUGCCCUCGAGGAUCUGCACCAGCUGGACUCUGGAAUCGCUCAAGGAUCUUAAAUGUUCAUCACGAGAGGACAUGAUGGGGCCCGUGGAGGCAUAUCAGUACCUCGUCGAGGAAAUAUCAGAUCCAAGGGUGGCUGAUUGGCCAAUGAUGGCCAGUCCGUUUCCGGUAUUGCUGAUUCUCCUUGCUUACCUUCUCUUCGUACUGCAGCUGGGCCCGAGGUACAUGCGAGAUCGUCCACCGUAUGAUCUCUACAACUUUAUGAAAGCUUACAACGUCACCGUCGCUAUUUGCAGUGCCACCGUUUUCUAUGGGCUUCUUACUUCUGGCUUCACGACGAACUUAUCCUGGGGUUGCGAACCCGUUGAUUACUCAUUGAAUCCCGAGGCCAUUAGCAUGGCACGAUGGGUCUGGUGGAUAAUGCUGCUGAAAAUCGCGGAGCUCGGGGAUACCGUUAUUUUUGUUCUCAGGAAGAAAUACAAUCAGUGCUCGUUCCUGCACAUUUAUCAUCACGUCACCACCGUGAGUCUCGCUUGGAUAGCCUGCAAAUACGCUCCAGGUGGCAUGUGGACGUUCAUCAUGAUGCCGAAUUGUCUGGUGCACGUGAUAAUGUACACGUACUACCUCUUGGCGUGUCUGGGCCCGAGGAUACAGAGGAAGAUCGCACCGUGGAAGCCCUACUUGACGAUGCUUCAGUUGAUCCAGUUCGUCGUGAUGGUGAUCCACACGUCUCAGGCGCUGCUGCCGUCCUGCGAGCCGAGAAUGAAGCCCCUGGCCUACAUCUACAUGUCCAACGUCGUCGUCAUCUUCUACAUGUUCUGGGACUUUUACAAGAAAGCCUACCUAUCCAAAAAAGCUGUUUAGCCUGGAUGCCUCGAUACGAGUGACGUGUGUGCCACAAAUCGAUUGUUCGCAAAAGCAAAACGCCCUGUACUCGGGCCUUGAGAAAGAUCCCGCGACUAAUCAGCAAUAAUAGUUGCGGAGAAAAAGCACCACUGCUCUCGCCGAGUACAACGAGGGACGUUGGCGCCUUUUUGUACUUUCCUAAUACGCAUCCCCGCAUGACUCAAAAAUCAUCUCUCUGCCUUGUGUCUUUCGGGACGAAGGAUUUCAACGCGAGCUCGCUUUUUAAUCUCUCUCUCUCUCUCUCUCUCUCUCUCUCUCUCUCUCUCUCUCUCUCUCUGUCUCUGUCUCUCUCUCUCUCUCUCUCCCUCUGUCUUUCUUUUUACUCCAUUAAAUAUUUAUUAAAACGAAACGGUGGGGAAAGUAAGCGAAGGAAAGGGGGAAAAAGAAAUAACGCGCGUGGGAGAGAGCUCUGCAGAGUUAUAAUACAUCGCUUCUUUCCGCGCUAGGCUAUGCGGGUGGUUGGCAGCAAUUACCCUACAAACACCUCGGCGCACUCGCACAGGAUCGCUUAUAUGUUCCGCGAGGGCUGCUGCUGCUGCUAUUUUUUUUCCUCUCUUCAUUUCUGUCUUAUUUUCCUCGCAUGCACAGCUUCAUUACUGGUCAUUUCGCAGCUCGCGCGCACCCUGUUAUAUACUCCCGCGCAUUUUCUCUCUCUCUCUCGCUCGGUGAUGGCGGCGGCGGUGGCCUGCAAAAUUAGCAUGGGGAUUAGUGUGUCGGUGGCUUUAAGUCGACACGCAUGGCCGCGCGCCGAUAAGACUUUAUUAACACCGACGUUAUUUAUCCGCUCCGCGCUUGCUUAUACGGUAUAUGCAGUUUACGUGUAUGCCUCUCCCUGGUUCGUGAAAAAUAUUUAAUUACUAUCCACGCGCGCGUGGUUGAACUUUUAUUCUCGGGUAUGGUGUAUUCGUUGUGUAAAGGCUUGCCAGAGCUGGGAUCUUUUUCUUUUUGACUCUACUCGCGCGACGAGAUUGCAAUUCGUUCGAAUUAUUUUCACGAAAGAUAUAUCGCCGCGAAAAUUGGCUUUCACCGACGUGGUUAUAAAACGUUGCCUUUAAAUGUGUAUUUUUAGUAUAUAAUUACCGAGCGAGCUGUAGGUAAUUUAAGUGCCUGGGAAAUUUGAAAAUUUAUAUGUGGGUAAAAAAUGCCCUUUAAUAUUUUAACUUCAACGAAUAUUAUUAUAUGCUAUUAAAUUACUUAGAUAGAAUAUAUUAUACCUGUAUACACGGUGAAGGUUUUGGGUCAGUAUAUCACUAAAUAUCGCUUUGUAAAAAUAUAACUGUUGCCUCUGCGCGUCAAGUUAUGUUUAACAGUAACUGCAGACACUUCUCACUUAUCAUUUCUUCAUAUACCGCAGCUAUGAAUUCACGUGCAUGACAUUCUGGAAAUGAAUAUUAUCUCGCAUGAAAUUACUUUCGAGUAGGAUGAAUUAUAGCAAUUCGCAACUUGCGCGCAUGUGCCUUAUAGCAUGAACUUUGCCUUAAAUUUUAUCAGAAAUACUUAGAAUCAAAAUGAGCGAGGAUUCCAGGAAAUCCUAUUAUCUUCGAGCUUCGUUCAUCACUGAUAGUCAGACUUAUAUAUUAAUAAUUUUGUAUCACAUUCGAACACUCGAAUCAUUAUUAUGUAAAACCGGAAAUUAUCGUCAUUAUAUCUGCUUCGAUAAAUUAGAUUAUUAUAUUUUAUCAAUGAAAUAAGCUUCAUUCAAAUCGAAGAUCACAUCUAACAAUGAAUUUCGAUAAGAAAAAUUUGGCGAGUAAUCCGUAGUUUAUCGCUCUCAUAUAUCAAUAUACAAAUAUGUUGGUCACGGUAAAAAAUAUUAGCCGCAUUUCUUAGAAUAUUAUAAUCGAGACAAUCUCAAUUUUCAUUAGAUCAGCGGACUCGAGACAAGGAACAAUCGGCUUUGAAUAAUACAUUUUUAGAAAUUACCAACUACUAUCAGUAGACUUCGACGAUUGUGAUAAUUAGUGCAUUAGAGUAAAUUUAAACACUCAUAAACUAUGUAUACAUAUCUUUCGAUGUCGUAAAACUGAUUGAGAAUAUUGUAUUGAUAAUAAAUCAUUUUUAUUGAAUAAAUGGUGAAAUUCCUAAGAAAAACGUA